AGUGAAGGAAGACCAAAGAGGAAAGUACAGAUUUCCGCCUUAAAUUGAGGUGCAAAAAUGGAAGACAGCGGUCGAGUUGGAGGUUUCUCUAUCCGUUGCAAUUACAGCGAUGCCCAUUAACCCGAAUUACCAAAUGGGUCUGUUUUACCUUAUUAUAUCCAUCAAAGAGACGAGGCAGAGGAAGGGCGAAAUCCUCCUGGGGCCAGGAUGGUCCUCACGAGUCGCCGUAUAUAAGAAAACCCAAUCCCAGGUUCCGUCUCUCAAGCACUAAAAGAGAGGAGAGAAAACAACAGCCCAUAUUCAGAUGGGUACUGCGCCUGUGGAGAAGCAUUUGCAUCCCCUGUUUUUGUUGCUUGGGUUUGUGCUACUACUGCUAAUGAUGUCUUGCGCCAGAAGUGCUGAGUAUGUGUCGGCAGUGGGUGACCCAGGAAUGAGAAGGGACGGGCUGAGAGUGGGUUUUGAAGCUUGGAACUUCUGCAAUGAAGUUGGCCAAGAAGCUCCUGGCAUGGGCAGUCCGAGAGCGGCCGAUUGCUUCGAUCUGGAGUCAAGUGCUGCAUUGAAACCCAAGGUAACAGAAGCUGAUAACCAGCUUGGGGUGGGCAAAUCGUUCCCAGGUCUAUCCCCAGAAGCCCAGAAAGACCCAGACAUGUAUGCUGUUGAAAAGGAGCUCUACUUGGGCUCUCUGUGCCAAGUCUCGGACACCCCAAGGCCAUGGCAAUUCUGGAUGGUGAUGCUCAAGAAUGGCAAUUACGACACCACCUCCGGCCUGUGCCCUGAGAACGGGAAAAAGGCGCCGCCUUUCAAGCCAGGGAGGUUCCCCUGCUUCGGUGCCGGGUGUAUGAACCAGCCAGUUUUGAAUCACCAGCAGACAAGGUUACUAGGCGAUGGUACGAUGAGAGGGAGCUUCAAUGGGACUUAUGAUAUGGGUUCUGACAUUGGGAAGGAGAAUGAUGGGGCGUCGUACUAUGAGGUGGUCUGGGACAAGAAGGUAGGUGAAGGAAGUUGGAAAUUUCAUAACAAACUCAAGACCUCAAAGAAGUACCCAUGGCUGAUGCUCUACCUCAGGGCUGAUGCAACCAAAGGGUUCUCCGGUGGGUACCCUUAUGACACCAGAGGGAUGCUCAAAACACUUCCUGAAUCGCCUAAUUUUAAAGUGAGAGUGACCUUGGACAUCAAGCAAGGGGGUGGUCCCAAGAGCCAGUUUUAUUUAGUCGACAUAGGCAGCUGUUGGAAGAACAACGGCGACCCUUGCGAUGGCGAUGUGAGCACUGAUGUCACCCGAUACAGCGAGAUGAUCAUCAACCCCGAAACUCCAGCUUGGUGCAGCCCCAGUGGCUUAGGCAAUUGCCCGCCGUAUCACAUAACGCCCGACAACAAAAAGAUCUACAGAAAUGACACUGCAAACUUCCCAUACUCGGCUUAUCACUACUACUGCGCUCCCGGCAACGCGCAGCACUUGGAGAAACCUGUGAGCACGUGCGACCCGUACAGUAAUCCUCAGGCGCAAGAGCUGGUUCAGCUGUUGCCACACCCUAUCUGGGCCAAGUAUGGCUAUCCGACGAAACAAGGGGACGGUUGGGUUGGGGAUGGAAGAACUUGGGAGCUCGAUGUUGGUGGAUUAUCUUCUAGGCUCUACUUCUAUCAGGAUCCUGGAACUACUCCAGCUCAGAGAAUUUGGACAUCCAUCGACAUGGGCACCGAGAUUUUCGUCAGUAACAAGGAUGAAGUGGCAGAGUGGACUCUCUCUGACUUUGACGUCCUCGUUCCAUCGACAAACACGGCAUGAUUCGUGUUCUGUCUCCUGCAUUCUUCCCAAAAAUAAUAGAAUAGACAGUCAGAAAACUUGCUUGUGGUAAAAGAGUAUCGAGAUCAAGAAGCCUAACAAGCCCGUAAGGGCGUGGCUUAUUGAAUCCGGGAUGUUCACUUCAUUGUUGUCACAGAAUUCAUACACAAGAAACCAGAACAUUGAA